AUGGGAGAGGACUUUGAUGAGAUAAAUGACUUUCUGGGAAACGAUUUCUAUGAUGAAGAACCUGCAAUCGACAAUGAUAAUGAGAAUUCUGAUGAUCAUGUUUUGAACAAUUUACUAGAGAAGGAAAACAAGGAGGCAGUGAAGAAACGCAAUAAAAUGAGACCACAACCAAAGCUGAAUGAAGCUACGCUAACUGGACCCAAGGGCAUCCAGGCUUUGAUGGACUCAUUCAAAAAUUACAAACCUGAUCCGUCCAAAGACCCAUAUGAAAAUCUAGAUGUCAUGCUGAAAAAAUAUGAACAUUGGGCACAUGUCAUGUUUCCAAAGCUAAAGUUUGAAGACGUUGUAAGCAGAUGUGAAGCACUCGGAGAAAAGAGAGCUGUAAAGGUCUAUAUGACAAAGUCUCGACUAGGUAUGCCGCUCACCGAUGAGGAUUUUCUCCCAUAUAGGAAGGACAAGAAUCAGGUAACCAUUCAUUUCUUUCCUGUUUUCCAGUGUUGUAAGCACUGAAA